UGUAAUGGUGAGCGCCCUCAGUGUAGUGAGUGUGCGGCUCGUGACAGCCAGUGUCAGUACAAGGAAACCGAAACUGCCCAAACCAAGCGUAAGCAUCAGGACCUAGAAGAACUGUUCGAAUUACUCAAGUCGCUGCCGUAUGAGGACGCGUCCGAGACACUAGCACGAAUCAGGGCGGGUGAGGAGCCGCGGGACAUUGUCGAAACUAUUACUCAUGGCAAUGUGCUUAUGCAGAUUGCCACGGAGAUUGGGGGCAACAAGCCCAGUGCCGAU